AUGUCCUUUCGUGGAAAGCCAUCGAAGGCUUGCGAAAGAUGCAGAUUCCUAAGAACUGUCGAUGAACCACGUUAUCUUCCAAUAGCACUCGAUGUUCAGGCCAGGAAAUUAUUCUUCGAUCAUUAUAUUCUUGCCGGUCAAAUUAAUGGUUUGGGAGCUUGGGAUUUCCUUAAACCAUACCAUCAGUCGAGCAAAGCACCAGUGCAUUUACAGUUGACAAUUGAUGCUGCCAGUUUAGCAUAUCUUUCACAUCAAAUGGGUUCCGAAAAAGCACGUUUGCUUGCUUUGGAACGAUAUACAGCCGCUCUUGGACUGAUGGGUAAAGUGCUCGAGUCGCCAGAAAUUUUCCAAAAGAUGACAACACUCUUCUCGUCACUACUUCUAGAUUUGUUCGAAAAGCUCUCGACAACUCAGAAUCUUUCAGAUAAAGCAUGGACUAGCCAUUUACGUGGAGCUCUUGCUAUAGCCGAAAGUUGUGAAAAUCGUACUAUGACAUCCAGGACUAUAAUGCGUGCUUUCACACGAUUAAACACAAAUCUGCUCAUCAGCUCACUCGCAGCGGGCGUGCCUCUUCCUAAUAGCUUUUUCCGCCUCCGGGAAUACUUGGAGGCGAGUUUCUCCGACGAAGUUACAGAAGAUCCUAAAUGGCAUUUAUCCGAGAUCAUGGCACGAUAUGUUACUUUGCAGAACGAUUUUCGAGUCGAAAAAGGUGCUAGAAAAAGUUCUCUUCAAGAAGCAAGAGAAAUGGAUUGUAUACUUAAGACGUUCUCUAAACGCGACGCGGCUAUAAAACGAGGCUUUGAGAGUCAGCCAUCGAGGAUGGUGUAUGGUAAUAUGUACUAUGCAUACCCUGAUAGGUAUUCAACUCAUACAUGGAAUGUUGUGGGAAUUUCCCGUAUUCUAGUGAUUAACUUCCUUAAUCGCAAUUCCAGCAGUGAGAUGGAGCGCCUCGAGCUUGUUCUCAAAGGAAAUGAGAUUGCGUCCGAAAUUUUUGCCUCUGUUCCACAGUAUGUUGACUGUAUGGGUGCGGUAAAAUCUAUCGGGCAAAUAGAGUUACUAGAACCAGCUGUCCCCUCGCAAAAUUCUUGUACGUCGCAUACAUCUUCACAUAAAUUGGCUUGCUAUACACUUAUAUUUCCCCUAUAUGUCGCUGGAUCUGUUAGAGGCUCGGAUCCUAGACUAUGGAAAUGGGCUAUUGAAAAGUUGCGGUACAUCGGCAGCCAUUUUGGUAUUCGAAACGCUGAAGUUGUUGCCCAAAUCCUCGAGGAAAGAAGUGAGAAGGAUCCGUGGAGAAUAUAUGCCCUGCUAGGAAGCUAUGCAUUUGGGGCUUGA